UGACUUCAUCGACGAAAUUGAUGUAAAGCUAUAAACAGUACUCCAACAUCUUCUAUUCUUUGACUUGGCAAUUUCCACCUUCAAAAGGCGGGCGGCCAAAUAAUCCCACGCUACUCACGGGUUGUUUGGUAACUUAAACCAAAAAAAAAAAAAAAAAAAAAAUUUAGUAAAUAAAUAAUUGCAUUUACUAGCAAUUCAUUAAAUGGAGAUCAAUCUUCUGUAAAAAAGACUCAACAUCACAAUGGCCGAUGCAACGAUGUGUUUACUCUGCAUGUGUGAGUAUUCAUCAUCGUUUGGGGAGCUCAUUGGUGUACACUCCGCGAGAGGAAGCGAGCUGGAGGUAGCCAGGAUAAUAGGCAAACACUUUCCACUGAAAGUGACGGAAAAAAGUCCGGACCGGGUGUGCGGACGCUGCUGGAAAACAGUUUCAGAAUUUCACGCGCUACAUGAGUUUGUUAUCCAAGCACAGAGCUCUCUGCAGGAAACUAAGGUCCUGUUGAUGGAGGAUGAUCCGCUCACGCAAUGCCACUUAAUCGAGACCCCCAAAUUAGGGUGCGUGGAUGAUGUCAGAGCACAGGACCAACCAGAACUCGGCUGCGGGAGAAAUUUCUUCUAUCCCGAGGUGAAAAUAGAGGAGCAUGAGCUGGACCACUUACCUAGGAUUGAGAUCCUUGAAGCCACAGCAAACACACAGCCUGUCCAAGAGGAGUCUACCACUCCGGCAGCGCGGCGCUUGAGAAAGCGCGUUAAAGCUGAGGAUGGAGCAUUUAUUGAUAACGAAGAGGGGGCGGUCGAGCCGGCGGCAGCCGAGACAAAAAAAAGACGAGGCCGUCCACGCAAAGUGGACACUCCCAUUGAAUCCGCUGCCAAGACUGAAGAGGAUAUAUCACUGAUUCUUAAAUCAGAAGAGGAGGAAAACGAGUUUAUCGACGAAGAUCCAGAUUUCUGCUUCAACAUCGACGAUGGCCUUGCGACAAGCGACCACAGUUUCGAUGACAACUCGGGAGGGAGUGAUGAAGACACCGACUCAGACUUUGAGUUAGACAAUAAAGAUAAGCUGGAGUUUGCUGUUGUACCCAAGAGAACUGUGGUGCGGCCCAAGAAAUACAAAAAGAGAACGAAGCCAUCUGAGCCGAAGGUGCGCAUGUCCCGAGAACUACUGGAACAACGCAAGAAGCAGCAGGAGGAAUACGACACCAUCAUUGGCAAGUUCUUCAACAGCGUGCUGGCAUGUCCGAUCUGCAAUCUGUCGGUACAAAACUUUACGGACAUGCAGCGACAUCAUCGUCUCACCCACCAGGUUGAUCCUGGCUACGUGAUGUGCUGCGGCCGCAAAUUCAGCCAACGAAAAGUUCUUGCGGAACAUGUACAGGUUCACUGGAACCCAGAGCACUUCAAGUGCGCCAUCUGCGAGAAAACAUUCCAGAACUCAAGGCACCUGGAGUCACAUAACCAGGUCCACAUGGAUCCGGCCGUCAAGCUAACCUUUAACUGCGACCUGUGCUCGAAGGUCUUUCUCAGCAAGACAGCCAUCGACUAUCACAAGUUAAACAAGCAUGUCCCUAAGUCCGAAUUUAAAUUUACAUGCAGCGUUUGCAGCAAGAAAUUCCUUACCGAGCGAAAACUUAAGAACCAUAUGAGUUCUAUGCAUGAUCCCGAGAGCACCAUCAUCUGCGACAAGUGCGGCAAGCAGAUGCGCACAAAAAUCAUCCUCAAGAAGCACCAGGAGCUAAUGCACUCGGACAAGCCGCGGCCCGAGCCGGAGCUGAAGCAAUGUCAGAUCUGCGGGGCCUGGCUCAAGGGCAUGACUGGCCUGAAGCAACAUAUGAAGAGCAUUCAUGUGGAGAGCGCUGGUGAGCACCGGUGCCACAUCUGUUCCAAGCUCUCGCCUAAUGCUCGAGCGCUUCGUCGUCACGUCUAUCACAAUCACGAGUGCGAACGCAAAUUCAAGUGCACCAUGUGCGAGAAGGCAUUUAAGCGUCCGCAAGAACUGAAGGAACACACGUCCACGCACACCGGCGAAGUACUCUAUACCUGUCCGAACUGUUCAAUGACAUUCUUCUGCAGCGCCAACAUGUACAAGCAUCGCCAGCGGCUGCACCGUGCCCAGUACGAGGCGGACAAAAACCAGCCAAAGCCGCCGAAUAUUCUCAAAAUAUCGCGAAAUGCCUCCUCGCAGAGCAAAACAAAACAGGAGAUUUGAGCAUUCAUCAUGAAGGAAAUUAAUGUAUAAAGGACACUUUCUUAGAGCAGCCGAAUGGGGAAACACUGCUGACGCGCUAUGUCCCUUUCAAGACACGGGAAGAUGUGCACAGAUCCCACGGGUUCUUGAGAAACAGAACCCAACCCGACAGCCAGACGUCUAAGCUAACACCUAAACUAAGCUAAAAGGAAUGUAUCGUAGGGAAUAAUAAACAGAGCAAACUGUGGGCUCUGUACUCCGAUGCAAUCAAUUGAUAACGAAACAAAGUUGGGAAUGUCUUUCUUUCUUUAUAAUUAUUUACAAGGAUGUCUUAAUUGCACCUUAUAUAACGCAAUGACAAUUACAUAGUUUCUGUUUUGUAUACACAUAUUAGGCAUAGUUUUAAAAUAUUUAUAUUUAGAUACUGUAUCUCUCUCACGAUUUGCUUAAAUUUGUUGCACACAACUUGCGGCCCAACAAUAGGAAAAACUGAAAAAAAAACUUUAUAUACUCUUACAAAUAUUAUUGUUCAUUUCGCCCGAUGCAAUCCCACCGAUCUGAUCCCUAUUCAGGCUCUCAUUGCAGCAACUGGCGGUGGUUAGGGAGUGGCUUUACACACUCAACACUCAGGGUUAGAGUUUGUAUAAAUAAAAUAAUAGUAGUUGUAGUAGAGACGAAACAAUAAGCAGAGCCACAAAAAUAGUCUGGCUGCGGGCGAUUCUCAUUGCGAUUAGUGUUGAAACAUGCGCGAAUAGUUAUUAACAUUUUGAUAUCUAGGCAACAUUUAUAAUUAGUUAUUUGUUUACUUUGGAUCAAUAUUUUGUUAGAUUAGCUUCCCACGGAACACCUCCUUUCUGCUUACAUUAGUUGUAGGGCAUGCUAUUGGUUGUUGGCUGCUGUUGGAUUGCUUUUUGUUAGUCACAGACACAGAAAAAGAUACAUAUACCGAGUGGAGCAGAAGCACGAAACGAGACAAAAGGCGUUUUAAAACAAAAUUUAACUCAAAUGUUUAUUGGAUUGCUACCAAACACAAAAGGAGACUGGAACGCCUGGGCUUUAACUACGUGUUAAACAUUCAUAUCAUUCAUCAUAUGGUAAUAAUCAUAGUACGGCAUUAGAACAACAUAAAAUACUGGUUUGCAAACUAAAGAUGGACAGGGGACAGGAUACAAAAUA